AAGAGGACAAGAACAAGAUUUUCCUACAAGGAUUACGGAAUUAUAUUCUGCUUGCUGUGUAAUGGAGCACAACCUUUUUCAACAUGUGAAUUAGACGACGAAAUAACAAUUUAUGAGAGAGUUCUACAGAUCAAUGAUGUAUAUUUGAUUGAACUAUUCAAAUGUUUCAUUAAUCCUCAAGACGUUCCAUGUGAGAAGUCUCUGAAAUUAAUUUUAAAUAAUUUCGUUGAUGAUGAAGAUUCCUUUUUGCGUCGACACACACCCUUGCACAUGGCAGCCACAUUGCCAAAUGCGAACGUAACAAUCACUCUUUUGAACAAGAAAUUAUGUUGUGAGGAGAAAACCACAAACGAGGAAACACCGAUAUUCUUUGCUGUGAAAAACAACCAGAUGGAACAAGUGAAAACCCUUCUGAAAUACGGAGCCAACCUCAGAGCGAGGGACAUAAACAGCAAUACAGUACUUCAUGCAUUAUGUUCUGAAGAAGGAGAGAUUAAUAUCGAACUGUUAGAAUUUUUAUUAAAUGUCGGUUGUGACCCGAAUUCAUUUGGCAAAAAUUCGUGUACCCCUUUACAGAUGCUUGCUGAAAAUGGAAGAAUAAAUAAUGCAUUGGAGUGUGCAGAAUUACUGAUCAGAAGAGGAGCUGAUGUCAAUUUGCAAAACCUUCACGGCGACACAGUUCUGCAUACAUUAUCCUACUCUUGUGACGAAUCCCAGUUCAUUCUCUUUCUCGAAUUACUGUUGAAGAGUAAAGCUGACACGAAUAUAGUCAAUCAUGACAACAAAACAUUUUUGGAUGAAUUAUUAUUGGACUGCUGCCAUUCUAGACGACAUACUAUUUUGAAACAUCUGAUUUUGUUAGAUAUCAAUGGAAAAUAUCAAUUCUGUGUUAAUCCAAUUCAUUGUGAUUCGUUGGAUGUCGAUUUCCAGAAAAGGAGUAGAAAAGAAUUGCUUCAUUUACGGUCCCGCAAAAUAGCUCAAUUCCAAUCACAACCGGAAUAUUCUCUGGUGAGAAUACUAAGUUCGACUGUAAGGGAAGUGUCCAGAUUGUGUUGGAAUCAAACAUUGAUAACAGCCAUGUCUGAAUUCAAGGAAAGAAAAUUCCCUAUUUACGGUCGUGAACUCAAAUGCAAAUUUGAAGCUGGGUUAAGACUAUUCCUGGAACAACAAGCAGCUCAUGAAUUUUUCACUGUCGUCUCUAAAGGAAAGCUCAAUUAUUAUACCAUAAUCGAAAUUUUAAAAUACAUACCAGUACAAGAAGUGGGCAAAUGUUCAUUGACCUCGACCUAG